CGAGCGGCGGCAGGUGCCCGCCCCGUUGGGCUGUGCCGUGCCGUGCCGUGCCGGGCCGGGCCGUGCCGUGCCGGGCGGGGCGGGGAUCCCGCGGCUCCUCCCGGGAGGCGGUGGAGCUAGCGAGCGGCUCGGCGCGGCUCGGCGCGGCGCGGAGGGAAGGGAAGGGAAGGGAAGGGAAGGCAGCGCCCAGCCGAGCGCAGCGCUGCGCUGCGGGAGGGCGGCGGCGGCGGCGGUGCGGCGCGGUGCUGUGCGGCGGUGCGGGGCGGCGAUGGCCGACGUGUUCGCGGGCGCGGACCCGGCGGCGCCGCGCUUCGCCCGCAAGGGCGCCCUGCGCCAGAAGAACGUGCACGAGGUGAAGGAGCACAAGUUCACCGCGCGCUUCUUCAAGCAGCCCACCUUCUGCAGCCACUGCACCGACUUCAUCUGGGGGUUUGGGAAGCAAGGAUUUCAGUGCCAAGUUUGCUGUUUUGUGGUUCACAAGAGGUGCCAUGAAUUUGUUACCUUUUCUUGUCCUGGGGCAGACAAAGGGCCUGAUACUGAUGAUCCCCGAAGCAAGCACAAGUUUAAAAUCCACACAUAUGGAAGCCCAACUUUUUGUGACCAUUGUGGGUCAUUGCUUUAUGGACUUAUUCAUCAAGGGAUGAAAUGUGACACAUGUGAUAUGAAUGUUCACAAACAGUGUGUAAUAAAUGUCCCAAGUCUCUGUGGAAUGGAUCACACGGAGAAAAGAGGAAGGAUUUAUCUGAAAGCGGAAGUCACUGGUGACAAACUACAAGUCACAGUACGAGAAGCAAAAAACUUAAUCCCCAUGGAUCCAAAUGGACUUUCUGAUCCAUAUGUGAAGCUGAAGCUUAUCCCUGACCCUAAGAAUGAAAGUAAACAAAAAACAAAAACCAUCCGUUCCACUCUCAACCCACACUGGAAUGAGUCAUUUACAUUUAAAUUAAAACCUACAGACAAAGAUCGACGGUUAUCUGUAGAAGUUUGGGACUGGGAUCGAACAACUAGAAAUGAUUUUAUGGGAUCUCUUUCAUUUGGGGUGUCGGAGCUUAUGAAAAUGCCAGCAAGUGGAUGGUACAAAUUGCUUAAUCAAGAAGAAGGUGAAUAUUAUAAUGUCCCAAUUCCAGAUGCUGGUGAAGAUGGAAAUGCAGAGCUGAGGCAGAAAUUUGAGGGUAAAAGAACUGCCCGUGAUAAGAAAGCCAGACUUGGGCCAGCUGGUAACAAAGUCAUUACUCCAAAAGGAGACAGGAUUUCCACUCUACCAUCCAACAACAUAGAUAACGUACAACUGACAGAUUUCAACUUUCUCAUGGUGCUUGGCAAGGGGAGCUUUGGAAAGGUGAUGCUGGCAGACAGGAAGGGGACAGAAGAGCUGUACGCAAUCAAAAUACUGAAAAAAGAUGUGGUGAUUCAGGACGAUGAUGUAGAAUGUACCAUGGUUGAAAAGCGAGUCCUAGCACUACAAGACAAGCCACCUUUCCUAACACAGCUGCACUCUUGUUUCCAAACAGUUGAUCGUCUGUACUUUGUUAUGGAGUAUGUGAAUGGCGGUGACCUCAUGUAUCACAUUCAGCAAGUAGGGAAAUUUAAGGAGCCACAAGCAGUGUUCUAUGCAGCUGAGAUUUCAGUUGGGUUAUUCUUUCUCCAUAUUAGAGGAAUUAUUUACAGAGAUCUGAAAUUGGAUAAUGUGAUGUUGGAUUCAGAAGGACACAUUAAGAUUGCUGAUUUUGGAAUGUGCAAAGAAAAUAUGUCAGAUGGAGUAACGACCAGGACAUUCUGCGGGACUCCAGACUACAUUGCACCAGAGAUUAUUGCAUAUCAACCCUAUGGAAAAUCAGUGGACUGGUGGGCUUAUGGUGUGCUGUUGUAUGAGAUGCUAGCUGGCCAGCCCCCAUUUGACGGGGAAGAUGAAGAUGAGCUCUUCCAGUCCAUAAUGGAGCAUAAUGUUUCCUAUCCAAAAGCACUGUCCAAAGAAGCUGUUUCUAUUUGCAAAGGGUUGAUGACUAAACAUCCUGCAAAACGGCUUGGCUGCGGGCCCGAAGGGGAGCGGGACAUCAGGGAGCACGCCUUUUUCAGGAGAAUCGACUGGGAGAAACUGGAGAACAGGGAGAUUCAGCCUCCGUUCAAGCCUAAAGUGUGUGGCAAAGGUGCUGAAAACUUUGACAAGUUCUUUACCAGAGGACAACCAGUAUUAACGCCGCCCGAUCAGCUGGUCAUUGCCAACAUCGACCAAACAGAUUUUGAAGGGUUCUCGUACAUCAACCCACAGUUCAUACACCCCUUCUUACAAAGUGUAUGAACCUUACCGAUACGAACAAGCCUCACAGUGGGAAAUGGUCCUUAAUCCUAGAAUUUUUAGGCCUUUGCCUUGUUGAUUCCAGUUGGGCCUCAAAAUUGUAGGGUUAGAAGCAUAGGAGGAAGAAAAAGGCCAGUUAUUAAGGAUUUGACUUUGCAACAGAGAUAUGUCUUAGAGAUCAUGUAAUAUACAGUGCCCAUUCAUUCAGCGUGAAGUCACUACUGGCUGUAGGUUACUCUUCUAAAGUUAAACUUUUUUGGUACGUUAUAAUACUUUCAUAAACUUCCGUUGUCGUCCGCCCCUUGCCCACUAGCACUGGAAUUUUUAACUAAACCACACUGGGGGGGAUUUUUUUUUUUUUUUUAAAAAGCACAGAGUGGACUAAAAAUCCCCAAACACCGUAAAAUGGAAAGCCUUCCGAUCUUAAUGCAGAUGGCAUGAGAAGCGAGCACCUAGCCCCGAGGGACCGCUCCUCCUCGAGGGCUUCCCGGUGAUUCCCGAUAGAAUGAUAGCACAAGAGACUGAAAAGGAAGGGUAACCAGGAGGGCAUCGUGGAAAACUUCAAACCAAAAAAAAAACCCAGUUGUUUUAAAAACACGAAAUAAAGUCAGACUCUUGGGCUUUGUCAAUUGAUCAUGUGAAGCAGAGACGAAUGUAAGAACAGAAUAGUGACCAGAUGUUUUUCAAACAUUGCAAAUGACAGAUGUUAGUUCAAGAGUGAAACUGCAUAUUUAAUAAUAAUAAUAAUAUUAAUAAUAAUAAUACUUCUAUUACUUUAAUCUCCAUGAGAUUAUUCUGUGAUCCAGGGUGCCAUUCUUAGUUGUACUAAUUUAAUUUACAGCAUUCAUGAUUUUGUUGUUAGCCAGUCCCAUUAAAAAUAUUUUUGCUGUUUAAAAAAACCCCCAAAAACCUGUCAUUUAGCUAAGUGUGCAACAGAACUGUAACUGCAUGUGCCCUACUUGGAUAUAUUUAAUAGGAUGCAGGGUAGGGUGGUAAGUGAAAGCACUCUAUGCAGUGACUUACUGAAAGUACGUAGCUCAGUCACUUCUUGCUUUUCCCAGGAUCCUUAGGAAAAUAAAAAUGAGACUUUCUAAAAAAUCAUCCCUUUUAACAUUUCUUUAAACUGCUGGAGCUGUGGAAUAAUGGAGCCAAUAAGGAAAAAAAACAAACAGCCAAGUUGUUUUAUCAGUUGAAGGGAAUUUAACGUUUUGCAGAUGCUUCAUGCAAUGAAAUUUGCAUGUUUAGUGACAAACCUUAAUAAUAAGGGUUAAUAAUAAGCAAAUCUAUAUUGACAUAAUCGCAUCAAAUAUAAAGCGUAUUAUAAAAAAUUUAUAAAAACAAAAUUGUGCUAUAUUUGUGAAGGUUCUUGUUCUGAAUGACAUGAUUUAGAUCUAGUUUAAUGUUUUAUUGCUCUCAUUUUGGGGUUUUUUAUUUUUGGAUAGUUUCAAUGGCAUAGAUUAUGGUUUUUUAGGUUUUUUUUUAAUGUAGAUCUACUUGUAAACAAUAAUGGCUACCUGCAGGUUUUAUACAGGAGUCGAUUUGGCUGUCAUUUCAUGUCUGCUUUUUACUUGCAAAAAAGAGCAAAACACCUUAUUUGCAAUGAUAGACACCAUAAUAAAUACAGUCCUCUCCUCUCCUCUCCUCUCCAUCACCUGGUAAAAAUAAUUGAUAUUUCCUCUUAGCACUUACUAGAACAUAUUGAUUCAAAGAUCAGUAAAUACUUUUGUGCAUAUUUUAGUUUUGUUACAGCAUGUAAAAUGAUGUUGUUGUUGUGUUUUCCUUUUCUUUGAAAUCCGUUUGCCUUGGUAAUGUUAACAACCUUGGGCACUGUUUGCCUCUGGACGUGCAUGUCAAUGCCAGAAGCAUGUUGUCUCAAUACCUGCAUGCAGAGUGAUGACCAUUGUUCCAGCAUGCAAACAUACUCUCAUGCAAAGUAGAACAUUUGCCAUAAGACUUACAAUUGUAUCCAAACCUGUAAUGGGGGGAGCAACUCACUUAUCCAUUUUAUUACAACAAAGCAUUUAAACCGUGCCAAAAGAACCCAGACAAACAAGGUGGGGAAAAAAACACACACUAUACAUAAAGGGUCCAAUCUUGCAAAUUCUUCCUCAUAGAAACAGUCAUUGCUUAGCAAGUGAUCGGUCACUCACUGGCUACUGCAGUCCAGCUAGCAGUGGGUGAAAUCAAGUAGGCUUAAAACUAAUGCACCUCUUCCGCUCUCAAAAGCUGUAUUUUAGCAUGUAAAUGAUGCCUAGUGUGGACAUUCUCCAUACGAAUUCAUUUGACCCACACCUAGUCCCGGUAUGAUCACUGAGAUGGCUCACUGCACACCUGAGUGAAUGCAUUCACAACUGGACCUUAAAUCAACAAGAAGCCCCGGUUACUGGAGAACUGAACCUUUUAAAAGCAUAGAGAAGCAAGGGAGGAACACUAUGGUCAGCACCAGAACCUGGGCUAUUGCCCAACCACAGAAAAUACUAAAACGAAGCUGAAGCCACAUUAGAGACUGAAAAAUUGUUCCGUGUCAAAAUAUUAAAAACUACCCCAGAGAAGGAGUUCUCUUGUUUGUCAUUCAUGCAUCUUUUAAAAAGUGGGUAUUCAAUGUAAAGCGUGUUAACAUUUACAGUAUUUUGCAAUCCUCUAUAAUUUUUCUAGUUACUUACCAGCAUUUAACCUGACACACAGGAUAGGGAUAGCAGGAUACCAUGCCAUAGAUGAUAGUAGGCCUGGCAUAUAAUUACUUGGACUAAUUAUAUUUCAAAUAGCUGUGGACUCUUAAUGUCACUCAUUAAAAUGACAGGAGCCGGUGCUAUCUGUGUGGGUGAUAUCUGGAUAAUAGGUAAUGAAGAAACUGUGAAAAGGAAGAGACAGAGAGGAAUAUCAAAGCACAAGAGAGCUAGAGGUAAGAAAAGAGAACCAGGGAGGCCAAGUAGAACGGCUCCAUGCUAAAAACGGCCAGGAGAUCAAGUGGGUUAGGUAAGCUAGAGAAGGUCUUUCUGCCCCAGGAUCAGAUGUCAGUGUUGAAGUGGAGGUCUAUCCUUUUGGUUGCACACUCGUGUUUACUAAACAGGGCAGUCCAUGGCAGAGCAGGACAAAGAACGGGUCCAACAUCCAAACAAAACUCCUAUUCAGGGCUUAGCUCAUUUUCUAUACUUUUUCUUAAGCACUUGCAUUUACUCUGCAACUUUUAAAAUUAGGAGCAGGAAGUCCUCUCUGACCUUGUUACCUCAAAGUUUCAGUGUUUGUGACAUCUCACGUGUUCUUCUGUAGGCAACUGUAAUGCUAACAAGAUACCAUGAGCUCACUCGUCCUGCAAGAACAAGACUAUGGGCACAUCGACACGUUGCCCUAGGGCGAGGUAGCGCCGCGCUGCAUCACUAUAUGGCGCACUAUGGCAAUGUUGCAGUCACAUGGGUCUACACGUGAUCGUCAGCUAGGUCGCCGCAGAGGUUCACGCCCCUGGUAUAGCAUGUCGCUAUGGCAACAUAGCGGUGAAAUCUUACCAUGUGUCAUGUACACGGUUCAGUAACCGCCUGUACUGCGCCGUGCUUUAAUACUUCCAAAAGGAAGUACGAAAGCACAACACCAUAGCAAUGUCGCUGUACGGCAAUGUGUAGAUGUGCCCAAUAUUAGGCAAAGCAGUGAAAAAGGGACUAAAUGGAUGUGAGCCUUAGCCAUUGUCACAUCCAUCACAUCACAUUGCUUGGAGCACCCCUUUAGACACAGGUUUACAAGGUGCAUCCAAUGGUUUGCCCAUUACGUGGAAAUUUAUAAAUAGAAAAAAAAUGGAAGUGUGCAGCAAGAGUGGUCCUCAUGCUAUUUCAUUACAGCUAUUUAUUUCCAUGUUAGCUGUUUCCAAGACCUGGCUAUCAAGUAUUCAUUGACAUUAAAAAUGAGGACAAUUAAGUUUGAACUUCUCUCCCCUCACUUGAAGGCUACAUCAGAAAACUUAUAGAAGAAGAACGGAAACAAUGUUGCAUUCAGAAGUUCUAAUUAGCCAAUUGGAUAAAAUCCCAAGUGCAUUCUGCUACCCUUGAUUUUAAAAGGAGUUGCAAGCGCAGCUCGAGAUCUGCCAACGUUGAGAAAUAUUGUGAAAACACUGUGGGCUUUUAGAUAACAAUCAAUAUUGUAUAUUAAUUGGCUUGAAGGUAGAUAAAUGCAGAGGUGUUCUAAGAGCUUGUUCAAAACCUUGAAUUCACGGUGAACUUUCAAUUGAGAAGGCUCUUUGCUCUGGACUAAAAUUCAAAACUUACUUCCCUUAGAUAGAUCUGUUUUUUGAAAAAAAGUUCAACUUCUUUCUCAGACUCAGAGAGUUAGGGCUGGAAGGGAUCCCCAGAGCCCUUAUCCAGCCUAAGCUUCUGCUCAAUGCAGGGUUCCCCUGGGGAAACCAUUCCAAAGAAAUGUUCGUCUAAUCUGCACUUAAUGAGAUUGUAAAAUCAAAUCCCACCAAUGCGUGGUGGUUUUAUAAUUAUCUUCCCAGUAGUAGAAGCCAACAGCCUCACCAUUGCACCACAGACAAACUUUGCAUAAGCAAUUAUUUGAAAGUAACAAGUGGCAUAUCACGUCAUGCUUUGUGAAAACCUUUCUGUAGAUAUAACACCCCCCAUAUCUCAAGCUGAAGACAGGGAACGACUAUAGAGAUGAAUAAGCUUUAGAAUAAAUAGAACGAGUGUUUUCCUAGCGGUGGAUGAACCUACCCCUAUACAAAGGACUAGCACGGGGCCUUUGGACAACUUCAGUAACUCUUAGGCUUCUCAAGGACUUUGCAAGCAGUUCAGUGCUGGACUCUAGGCCUCAUGCUGACCCUGUGGAUUUUGCUGUGGGGAUAACACCCUUCAAGUCCUCAUUCACAUCAUAUUGACUUCAGCGGAACUAAAUACAUGGGUGAGGUAGGGAAAGAGUUUGCAAGAAAGAACCAGUUUUUCUGCAGUCUGUUCCCAUGCCCGCCUAAAAAUUACAAUUCCAGCUCAGUCCAGUUCAGAAAUGUCUUUCUGUAUGUGGGGAAAUUGCAUCUUUUCAUAGUUUGCAGAAAUAAAAUGAGGCUUGUUUUACAAGACAUAAAUGCCAUAGAAAAUUCUAUUCAGAAAAACCAUCCAUCCGUUUCCAGAGUAACCUAUAGCACACGUACACGGUGGUAAUUUAAAGUCCUUCCUGCCUUGCAUACCGAGUCUCUCUGAAGACCCUGGUACUCCUACAAAAGACAGCCUGAAACACUCAUUUCCUGGCAGGACAGGCACAGUGUAAAGCCCCAGGCUGAAAUUACUGAUAACACUUGGCGGGUCAAGUUUUCAUUCAGCGCACGUGGGACCCCAUUUGAUAAAUACCAGUGAUAAAUCCUCGAAACUGGUAGGAAUCAUAUUUACGAUAUUCGGUUUAUAGUAGCCAUGCUAAACUGCCAGGGAAUUUCUGGAAAGAGUUAAUGUUUUGUUAAUUAUCUUUUACUCCCAGGAAUCAUUAGUGUACCCGGGUUUCAUCUCUUUACAAAGAUCUCUGACAAAUACCAGAACUUGGUUUCUUUGUGCAACAGGUAGGGAAACAUUUAGCUACAGGGUAGUAAAACAGGAUAUAUAGAAGCCAAGCUGCUUUCUUCAAUUCAUAAUCUUAGAAACUCUGAAAUGCUCAAGAGUCAUAUAAAAUACUGACUCUGUAACCAUGCACUAUUUCAUAUCACCUAAUAACUGUGCCAGUAAUGAUUGGUAAUUAAACAGCCUUAUGAAUAACCUGCACUAAAGCCCUCCUGUUUGCAAGAAAAGUCUCCAAAGAGAGGGCUGCACUAGUGUUGCGAGUGCAGAUCUGGAGCACACAAGUCCUAAUCCCAGGUCUGUCACUGACUGCCUCUGUGGCCUUGGGCAAAUUACUUAUCCUCUCUGCCUGUUAUCCCAUUUGUAAAAUGGGGAUAAUAAUACUUACUUAGUCCUCACAACAACUUGUGAAUGUAAGGACUGCUUUAGUUAAUGUUUCUAAUACAUUUACUAUAAAGGGUGUUAUGUAAGUAUUAUUAUAAUUUGUAAUAUCAAAUCAGUUUAUUCAAGUCACAUGGUGUUGCUGGAUAUACCAUGCUAUUUCUACUUUUUUAUAUAAAACUUUAGUAAUUCUUCUAAAAACCAUUUAAAACAAACAAACAUUGAUAUUUCUUAUAAGAGCUGGAGUCCAGCUUUGCUCUGAUUAGUUCAAGCCGGAUAGUAACGUAAAGUGUUGCUUUCUGAGUGUGUAGAAGUCAGUUGCACUACCUGCUUUCCAACUUCUGAGAUAUGUAUGGUUAAAAAAAAAUGUAAAUGGAAGUCUUAGCAGAAUUGAUUAUUGUAGAGCAAAAUCCUCGUGGCUAAAUAAAACGGUCACAGGUCUUUUCUAGUAACGCUCAGUAACAUCUCCCAAUUAAAAGGAGAAAUGUUUUGUUUACAACUGGCCCAAAGAGGAUUUUUUUUCAGCUGGUAAUUUAACCAGAUCCUGCUUUCAACUAUCUUCAUGCUUUUUUUUUGGCUUGUCUGUGACACUGUCUACAAUUCACAUUUAAGGAAAACAGUCCUAGGAAACUAUAUUCUCUUUCCAUCAAGAUUUAGUAAAACUUCAGUAACAUCUAAAAUAGAUUUUAAACAGAGAAACCCAAAGCCUACAGCAACAACUUUUGAUAAUGGGCUUCCUAACCUGCCUCUAUUGUAGCCAUGCUGGAUUUCACACCAGUUUUACUGGUAAGACUUCACUGACUUCCUUCUAAAUUUCUAUUAGCACCGGAGGUGCUGGUGGCGAAACUUCCCAUUCGCCAGUGACUUCCCUGGGAGUCAGAUUAGGUGUAAAUCAGUGAGAUAAGAACCUGUAUUUAUGUCAAUGGAAGCAGAUUUGGUCAUUAAUUUCUGCCUAGAAAACCAGAAAGUCUUCAGCUAAUACCAUUUCAAUUUUUACAGUUUUUAAGGAAGAAUUAAGCAUUGCAAUAAAAGAGAUUUGUCUUUAAUCCUUGUUAAAGAUCUUAAAAAUAAGAUUUUUGAGACGAUCAAAACGUAAGUUUGCCCCCCUCCAACUGAACAGCUGUUCUUCGGGCAUCGUUCGCGGUAGGGCUCAGUCCUGCAAGGCGCUCAAUUGCUCUGACCUUGGUAUGGCAGAGUACUAAUGAAUGUAUUUUAAAUUGAAGCACAUGAGCAGUCCCAUUAAAACCAAUGGAACGACUCAAAAACACUUGUAAAACACCCUUCAGUAUUUUACUGGUUUCAGGACUAGUGUUCAGUAGCUCGCAGGACUGAGCCCAUCAGCUGCAAAGCAGCAAAAUAGUCAGCAUGUAAUGAAACCCAUCCCUGUUCAGCAAAGCUGAUAAAUUCUUGCUUGCCCAUAAGAUGCACACGUUGGUCCCACCGAGCGCUUUGCCAGAUCCAAACCAGAACGAGCAGUCUUGCUGUAACGAUACACUUGUCUAACACUGUAACUCUCUUACCCCAGAAAGAGAGGGAAGCGAUCAAACUUCAAGUUAUUAUGAAUGUAAGGAAAAAAAAUGAAACCUUUGUUGCCUCUUAAGCUUAAAUAUGCAGCUCACAAUUACUUGUAUUAUAACCUUUUAGCCAGAGAAUGUAGAAUACAGCAAAAGCAUCUGAAGUCCUUGCUCGUUAAGGUUAACAUCCUCUGAUCUUUUUUAAGAAGGGAUAAUGCUACCUAUACUGCUGAACAUCACUUUAAGACCCAAACUUUGUAAAAUCCAAGGGAAGAAAAGAAUUGUAUUCUUCUUUAAUUGCAAGAUAUUAUAGAAAAAAAUAUGAAGAGGCCGUUCAUUUCUCAAAACAAAACAAAAUAUAUUGGAAGUAUAGCGGGCACGCUUGAUGUAAAGAUUAAAGUUUGUAAGAAUUAAGAAAAAAAAUACGGUAAUAUUUGCUUGCAUGAUAUGCUUUUGUUAAAUAUGAAUUGUAGUUUGAAAGCAAGUGUGUAUGAAUAAAGAUAUCUAUCAUUA